AUGUCCUUGGACUUUGAAAUCCAACCUCGGCCAACAUCCAAGAACCGGUGCGGUCUCUGCAGGCUCGCCUUCGCGCCAGAUGAAGCUCUUACAUACCUCGAUAGGGUCAUCUAUUCCCCUAUCAGCCCAGCGCCGAAGAGAGCGAGGCUCGAUGCAGGGGCGAGCAACGCAACUUCAGCCUCAGCCUCCUCUUCAUCCUACCCAUCCCAGGACCAAGAUUCUUACCAAAGCUACCCUUUUCACCCAAGAUGCCUGAUUUUCACCACCUCGGAAGAUGCGCUGCGCAUUGCCGAGUCGUUCGCAUAUCGCCAUGAGCCUUCGCCGGCGGAGACAAAGCGACGCAUUGACUGGGCCAAAUCCAUGGCUGCAAAGCAGCUGUCUUCGUCCAAGACCUCCUUGUGGUUUCAGUCACAGCGACUUCCCAUCAAGGUUCUGAUGAACAUUGCACUACAUCUGAUCCCCGAGUAUCUUUCGGCUAGAACCGUGGCCAUGUGGAGGACGGCUGCAAGGAAGCAACCCAUCACCAGGUUCGAGGUUUCGUUGACAACACCCAUCUGGUGUGACUUUAUUGACUACGAGAACACAACAUACAUGGGACCUUUGCGGACGACCAGAAUAGGUGCCCGCUCCCAACCUAUCUUCACUCCGGGUAUGGGAGUGGACGUUCUCUACGUCGCAGAGAACCACUCAGGCGUUACGCAGGUCAUCUUUGGCAACUCAGACAACCCUCCAGUUAUUAGCCAAGCUCGUGGCGUCUGGUGGAAGAUUCACCCUUUCAAGGAUUCCGUUGGCAUAUCUGGCACCACUGAUGAAUUCAAACUUCGCAGCCUCGUCCCACUCCCUCGCCUUGACCUCAAACCUCCGAUCUGCUCGUUUUAUUGGUCCGUCCCUCCUUCUCUCAAUCAACCGUUGAGGUUUUGCUACCUCGGAGCACGAACUACUCCUCCCGAUCUCAUGUCAAGUGUCCUGCUCAACGUUCCUCGUAUGAGUGGCAUCUCGGUCUGCUGGGAGUGCACGACGGCUUCCAUCCACGUCCAUUCGGCACAUCAACGGCCCGAUUUCUAUGCUUGGGAGUCGUAUUCAGACUCCCCUCUGUGGCACUACAUGCCUCUUGAAGAAGGCGAGCGAAUUGAGGAGUGCUGGUACCGUUCAGGCCCUCGAGGUCACUUGGGUGCUCUAGGCAUUGUCACAUCGCAAGGGCGAGUCAAGGUUUUCGGCUCCUCGAGAUCAGGCUCCGGCCCAUGGUGCCUAGCAGACGUGCCCAGCCAGAGCCGACCAACGCGCUGCUACUUUUCCUGGAAGGGACCGCGAUGCUUGGCCUUCGAAGGCCCUUCGCCAUCGCCCGUGGCGCGCAAGUUCUCCUCGCCGAAGUCCAGGUUCGCCAGAUCCAGCAAUUACGACGGCUAUGUCUUCACAUUCGCCGACCUCGAGGGUCUGACGGCGUUGAUCCCCUGCCGCUCCAGGGUGCGCUGCGACAUCGUCGGACUGAUCCUGAUAUUCUGCGACGGGCACCGCGAGAGCGUCGGCCACGUCCGUCUUGACUGGCUUGAGCGGAGGAUACCCUUGCAGCCGGACCAGCCGUGGUAUCUCGGCUUCGAGGUCCUGACCAUUGGCACCGACCCGUACAUCACAUGCAUAGCUACGAGGCAGCAGCCGGCGUGGGCCCAGAUCCAGAUGGAGCUGAAAUGCUAUGGCCGCCUCGAGUGGUGGUGGUCCAGUGAAUUUUCUCGGGUUUGCUACGAGGGGGAGGAGAGCCCGCGGCAUUCCAAGAGUAUAAUUGGCCGAUGA